AUCCCCGAAGCCCUGAGAGCGCUGGCGGAGGAGCCUCCGAAAUCGGGGAUCUGGCUACUUUUUGCAUUUUCCACCCGCCGUUUCUUUCUGUUAUUAUUGUUGCGAAAUGCGAAAGGAAGUUAUGAACAACUGCAAGUUGGAAAUCCACACCGGUUGUGACAAGCUGGGGCUAAAAACUAUUUCAUUAUUUAUAUAGAUGUAUCUAUCAACAUUCUGCUUUUCAUCCAAAGAAUAAAGGGAAAUACCGGCUAGCCCUAUGUUUGACGGUGAAUGACAGACCGCAUCUGAGGAAAGGAAGGACUAAAUAUAUCAGCUAAGAACACCACCGUUAUUUAUUGAAUUCAAGAGACUUUUUUUUAACCCAAAGACUGUUUGAGCAAAAGAUUUAAUGGGUCAUUAAAAGGGGAAAAAAGGUUUUAAAGGCCCUUUUGCUUCUGAAGUGCAGCUAACCUCAAAAUAGGAGCAGUACUUGUAAGACAGAUACUCAAAUUAAGGCUUUACGUGAUGAAUUUUCUAUCCUAUGGAUAUCAGUUUUGAGAUUACAAACCAAGAAGAUCUGUAAUUGAUCUAGCACCAGAUAAUUUCAAUGCCUAAUAUUCCCCAGGAUUGCUGGAGUACCCUAGGAGCUGUGUCGGACUGUAUUCGGGGUAUGCCAUGGGCUGUAUUCAGAGUAUUAGCUGCAAAUCCAAAGUUUUCCGGGAAAGUAUUUCAGUGAUUGAAGUCAAAGCCUCCAUCGAUCCCAUUCCCACCAGCAUCGACGAGUCCUCCAGCGUGGUCCUGCGCUACCGGACCCCUCACUUCCGAGCCUCUGCGCAAGUGUUGGUGCCCCCUAUUCCCAAGAAGGAGACCUGGAUCGUGGGCUGGAUCCAGGCUUGCAGCCACAUGGAAUUUUACAAUCACUACGGAGAACAGGGAAUGUCAAGUUGGGAGCUUCCGGAUCUACUGGACGGUAAAAUCCAGGCCAUCAGUGACUCAGAUGGAGUGAACUAUCCCUGGUACGGAAACACGACAGAAACCUGCACCAUCGUGGGUCCCACAAAGAAGGAGUCCAAGUUCAACAUCAGCAUGAACGACAACUUUUACCCAAGCGUCACGUGGGCAGUGCCCGUCAGCGAGAGCAACGUGGCCAAACUCACAAGCAUUCACCGGGAUCAAAGCUUCACCACCUGGCUGGUUGCAACCAACAUGGCUACCCAUGAAAUGGUGACCUUGCAGACUAUCAAAUGGCGCAUGAGGCUGGGCAUCGAGGUAAAUCCCAGCAGACCCCUGGGGCAGCGUGCCAAGCUGCAGGAGCCCUCUGCUCAAGAGCAGCCCCAGGUCCUUAGCAAGAAUGAGCCAAUACCACCCAGUGCCCUUGUCAAACCCAAUGCCAAUGAUGCUCAGGUACUCAUGUGGAGGCCAAAGGAUGGACCACCACUUGUGGUGAUACCUCCAAAACACCGAUAAUAUAAACCUGGCGUCCCGGCACCAAAAGGGAGGAAAAAAAAAAACAACAAAAAAAACCAAACCAACAAAGCAAAACAAUCACUUAGGUAUUAGAAUACACACGUAUAAUCUGAGCAAAAUCAAAAUGCACUUUUUAUUCAUUCAACAAAUGCAACCAUUCUACCUUCUCCCAUUGGGACGGAUUUCACUGUGCUAAAGCUAAAGAGGAGACCUUUGACUGGGGUCUGUCUCAUCACUGGAUUCCUACGGGAAGAAACUAACACUGAUGUCUACCCGUAUAGCUUUUUUUUUUUUCUUCCCUACUUUAGUUACUGUUUGAACUUCAGUCUCAUUAGCUUGUCCAGACUGCCCAGAACAAUAAGGACAUUUUAUUUGGGAUUUUAAGACUUCUUUUUUUUUUUUUUUUUUUUUUUUGGUUGAGAACAAAACAAGUUCCUGGAGCAAAAAGUUGGCUAUUUAAGAUAAGGAAUUAUUAUUUUUUUAAGCUGUAAGGUUCUGAGUUGCAAAUCCAAGUCAUGCGGCCUUAUGUAGACUUUGCUUUGCAUUGCCAAACUUUUGCCUUAAAGCUAUGUUUGAAAAAAAAAAACCAACAAACACACCACCAGGCAGAAUGUCCUUUCUACAGAAUUUUUGGGAGACAGUUUUGGAACAAGGAAUAGACUGUCAGCGUGUCACGGGCUGACGGAUGAAAAGGGCAUGAAACUGGAAGAAGCGUGAUAAAAAAGAAAGAAAGUCGUCUUGGUUUUAAAACCUGGAACAAGGAAGCAUGGAAAUAAUCUCGGUUUCAAAGCAAUGCAAAUAACAAACCUGCUGUAGGAUGUCUCUUGAGUGGGAGCUACUAGGCCAUCUCCCUGCUUCGCAGAAGGGGCAGCAAGCAAGCUUGCACUGCUUACUGCUGGGUAAUCUCAGUCUCCCAUUUGCAUUAUAAUAUGGGAUAAUCUCACAGCUAGAAUUGUGGCCCUGAGUGUCAACGUAAAUCAAGAGGGGGGACGUCCUGCUGGGAUUGUCUCUAGGGCACGCAGAUGUCUGCCCAGCUAACCCAGAGUCUCACCUUCUCGUGGGGUAAGAGCCAACGGCUCGUGCGCCGGCUGUUGUUGGGUGAAGCUCCGUUGCCCCGUUUCCCCAUGAAAUCCAAACGACGGUGCUGUAAGAAGAGCAGGAUAUAAAAAGGAUCCUUCUGAAGUCAUCGGAGGUGCACGGGUGUGAGGGAGGGCAGAGCUUAUCUACCAAGCCUACCCAUCAAUAUCCGUAAUUCAGAAACAGCCGCAUCUGAAAAGAACAGGCACCCAUUCCUAGCAAACACUAGAAGCAAAAGCUAUAAAAAACUCCUCUUCCCAUGAUAACAAAUCACAUUGGGGUUAGUAGAUCAUUUUCUUCCAGAUGACCUCACAACCUACACCACUUUCAGGAAUGGGGUACAGACAGGACCAUGGGUGAUUCUGUACCUGUCUGGUUAUGGCACAAACAUCUAUGUAGCAACGGGUGAGGCAUGAGAAGGUGCAAGCAGGGCAGCACCUGAGUCUUGGGUGUAGAUCCUCCAGUAAGUGAAGUGCGUUUGGAGCAGGAGGUGGAACCUGUAGGUUUUAAUAAGGACCUUGUCCAGAUGGCUCCGGAGAUAACCAGAUGCGCUUCCGCAGAGGAAGGCGGUAUGGAAAAGCCGUUUGAACGGGAGGGGCACAGUUUGCAGGCAGAGGAAGUUCUGCAGCAGAGGUGGCAUCUGGAGGACAGGGUACAGGAUGGGGAGAAGAGGAUCUGCUCUCUUGCUCCAGCACAUGGCCUCAGGCAGAUCACUUCCCCUUCCCUCUGCAGCUCCUUCCCCUAGAUAACGUUUCUUCCUCUUAUUAACAAUUUGCCUCAGGAGCUAGGACUGAAGAGAGCUCAGUGAGCCAGAUACAAGCCUGGCCCUGCCGAACUGGUCUGAACGGGUCUUGCAACCACACACAUGCUGCUCAAAAGGCUCUCCCCUCGGAGGGGCACCGAUUAGCUUCUGUUGCCAUCUUCAUCUUCAUUACCAGCAAGAAAUUCUCCUUCCUCACUUCUCCAAAGCCACACCAUCUACUUCGGCAACAGGUUCAACAUCACCACCUGCCCGGGGAAAGCACUCCCAGAAGAUAUGUCCCCCCUCCCUGUGACAGUCUCAAACCAGCAAACGAAGAUCCUGGGUCCCUGCAACCGUACCCCCGUUCCAAGGGGAGCCCACCCUCCUCCACGCACCAGUUUUCAGAGAUGCUCAGCCACGGAGCUGCUCUCUCCAACGGGCAGAUCUUUGAGGUAGGAAGUCCAGUAUUACAAGCAGCUUGCAAACGAAUGGACUGGAUCAAACCCAAAUCCACGAGCCAAAGGUUGCCUAAAUCCAGGCUUUGGGACUAUAAAGGAUGAAGCUAGGGAGGCUUUGACUUGCACAGUCACUCUCUGUAUUAAACUCCAUUUUCUUACAUGGAUUCAAAUCCUAACUAUAGCUCUACUGGCACAGCCCUUUGGGACUUGUCUGUAUUUUCUCCUAGGCAAUACACGCAGAAGAGGACAAAACGUGAGCCGUGGGUGAAUAGCCGAUAACGCUUGCACGCAUCUUGGCUACCGCUUAGAUGCGCUUCUGGGCAGUCCCGCGGGUGGGAGCAGAAGGGGUAUUGAUGUCUGGUAUUCACUUUGUCUCCAGGUGCUGAGUACUUACAGUUCUCACUGAUGUCAGCAUGGGUCGAAGAAAUCAGACCCGGUUGUCUUAAUUAGCUGCACGAAGGAAUUCCAAGGAAAGAUUUCUUCUCAGUCACCAAAAACCACAUUCAGGGAACACCUACGUCCUUUUCCACUUAGCUUUGUGUUGGACUUAGUCUCCCAGUGCAUUAAGUAAAUCUGGUUCCUCCUACUCCCUCUACCUGGUGGACUGGAUGCAUCCAUGCAAUUUGAUAGUAACCUCCUGGCUAAUUCGUCCUGUUGCACUGAACAGACCCAGCUAAGCAGUAAAUACGAGAUUCAAAUUUCACGUUGGGGUCGGCUUUGCAUGGACUUCUCCCUUCCCACAGAAUGCCUUUAUCCCGUGCCUAGGUUGAAACGUGCCCCUCCACCUCCAUUCGCAUCACCAGACACGGCAUAGAAAAGCGAUGCUGCCUCUUUUGAGAUUUCAUGUGUUGUGAUUAAAAGUGAUGGUUUUUCCAAUGCUGCUUCAUUACAAAACUGAUGGGGACAGAUUGCAUAUAAAAGGAACGGUGGCUGGAACUAAGAGGUGCUAUAGACAUCACUCUUGAUGCGGCUGGUUAACGGCCACACGGUUAGAAACGGGGAUUGACAGGGUCCCAACGGGGACUUAAAUGUCUGGGGACCCAGGGCAUUCUGCACCGAGUAAGGUGGUAAAUAAGCAGAGGUAAAUAAAGCUCCUUCUCUGGCAGCUUUUUGCAGAACCAGGAAUGCACAAAGGAUACGCUGGGAAGGUGAUGGGGCACCAACAUGGGAUACUGAAGUACGUGAGCUUGUCUCUGCCUCACCUCUCCCAUCAAUGAUGCUCAGCUCUUUAUAGCCCCAAAUCACCACAGGAGCCGAGAGUGUCGCUGGACCAUCCCUGUCAAAAUCCCGUAGUGGUCCAGGGUGGGAAGCAGCAGGACGAGCCCUGGCCGAGAUCCUCACCUGCAUCCUCUCCCCCUCAGCCAGCAGCGGGGCAGGGGCUGGCAGACACUGUCGAGCGCGGCCAACAUGCCGAGCAGCGUCACGGGCCAUUUGGUUCUCGUUUCCUACCCUUGACACCAAGAUGAGCGUGGCGAGAGAGGGGCAGCCCCUCGCAGGGUCAACAAAGAUAUUAAGCGGCGUUGGGGAGGGGUAGACCUGUUGAGCCGAUGCGGUGGAGAGCAAGGCUGGGUCCAGCAGCAGGGGGUAAGGCGAGGGCUGCCCGAGCCUCGGCACCGCUGUCCCUCCCUGCCCUCCUGCCCUGGCUCCUGGCGCAGCAAUAAGAAUCGUCCUUGGUCUUGCAGAGAUACUGUGAAAACAAAACCAAGAUGUACCGAGUCUGGACACUUACAGAGAUGAAAAAAACAAAACCCUGCUUUUAUAACAGACAGAGAAAUAAAGUGAAGUUUUCAAA